CAUUCUAUCUUUAACCAAUCUUGUUCAACAGACCAUUCUAUCUUUAACCAAUCUUGUUCGACAGGCCAUUUUAUCUUUAACCAAUCUUAUUCAACAGACCAUUCUAUCUUUAACCAAUCUUGUUCGACAGACCAUUCUAUCUUUAACCAAUCUUGUUCGACAGACCAUUCUAUCUUUAACCAAUCUUGUUCGACAGACCAUUCUAUCUUUAACCAAUCUUGUUCGACAGACCAUUCUAUCUUUAACCAAUCUUGUUCGACAGACCAUUCUAUCUUUAACCAAUCUUAUUCAACAGACCAUUCUAUCUUUAACCAAUCUUGUUCGACAGACCAUUCUAUCUUUAACCAAUCUUGUUCAACAGACCAUUCUAUCUUUAACCAAUCUUGUUCAACAGACCAUUCUAUCUUUAACCAAUCUUAUUCAACAGACCAUUCUAUCUUUAACCAAUCUUAUUCAACAGACCAUUCUAUCUUUAACCAAUCUUAUUCAACAGACCAUUCUAUCUUUAACCAAUCUUGUUCGACAGACCAUUCUAUCUUUAACCAAUCUUGUUCAACAGACCAUUCUAUCUUUAACCAAUCUUGUUCAACAGACCAUUCUAUCUUUAACCAAUCUUAUUCAACAGACCAUUCUAUCUUUAACCAAUCUUAUUCAACAGACCAUUCUAUCUUUAACCAAUCUUAUUCAACAGACCAUUCUAUCUUUAACCAAUCUUGUUCAACAGACCAUUCUAUCUUUAACCAGAGAUCU